AUGUCGUCCUUUCCACUGGAUCAGCUUGUCUUUCGAACAGUUGGCUAUUCUGGUGCGGAUAUUCGCAAUCUAGUCAAUGAAGCGGCAAUAAUGUCUGUAAGGAAAAACCACUCUUUGAUCUCCCAACAAGAUAUAGUUGAUGCCCUUGAUAAACAGUUACUGGAGGGCAUGGGUGUGCUUCUUACAGAGGAAGAGCAACAAAAAUGUGAAGCUAGUGUAUCGCUCAAUACAAAAAGACUGUUAGCUGUGCAUGAGGCUGGUCACAUACUGUUGGCUCAUCUUUUCCCUCGGUUUGAUUGGCAUGCAUUCUCCCAGCUACUUCCUGGCGGCAAGGAAACUGCAAUUUCUGUUUUCUAUCCUAGAGAAGAAAUGGUGGAUCAAGGUUAUACCACCUUUGGUUACUUAAAAAUGCAAAUGGUGGUUGCACAUGGUGGCCGAUGUGCUGAAAGACUUGUGUUUGGGAAUGACAUCACUGACGGAGGAAGAGAUGAUCUGGAAAAGAUUACAAAAAUUGCGAGGGAGAUGGUCAUUAGUCCUAGAAAUUCAAGAUUAGGCCUUACCACCUUAGUACGAAGAGUUGGAAUGAUGGAUCGACCGGAUAGUUCGGAUGGUGAGCUUCUCAAAUAUAAGUGGGAUGAUCCUAGUGUUGUUCCUGCUGGCAUGACUGUUGAAGUUUCAUAG